GCUUCGGGCCGCCGGGUGGCAGCUGCUGGGCGCGCCGCGCCCGGGCUGGGAGCCUGGACUGCGGUCCCGGGAGCCGUGUGUGGUGCGUCGCGCGCCCCACGUGGGCGCCACGGAGCCGGGAUGAGGGCGCCCGCGCUGCUGCCGCCGGCGCUGCUGACCUGCUGCGGCUGGCUGCUCGGCCCGGUGAACAGCAUUCACCCGGAAUGCCGAUUGCAUCUGGAAAUACAGGAGGAAGAAACCAAGUGUGCAGAGCUCCUGAGGGCCCAGGCGGACCUGCCCAGAGCCUGCAGCGGCGUCUGGGACAACCUCACCUGCUGGCGCCCAGCGGACAUCGGCGAGACGGUGACGGUGCCCUGCCCCGCGGUGUUCAGCAGCCCUCACAGCAGACCAGGAAACAUAAGCAAGAACUGCACAGGCGACGGCUGGUCGGAGAUGUUCCCGGAUUUCAUGGACGCGUGUGGCUAUGGUGACCCUGAGGACGAGGGCAAGGUCACGUUCUACGUCCUGGUGAAGGCCAUUUACACCCUGGGCUACAGCGUCUCCCUGGUCUCCCUGACAACCGGAAGCAUAAUUCUUUGCCUCUUCAGGCGGCUGCACUGCACCCGGAACUACAUCCACCUGAACCUGUUCCUCUCCUUCAUCCUGCGAGCCCUCUCGGUGCUGGUCAAAGACGACGUUCUGUACUCCAGCUCGGGCACCCUGCACUGCCCCGACCGGCCGUCCUCCUGGGUGGGCUGCAAGCUGAGCCUGGUGUUCUUCCAGUACUGCAUCAUGGCCAACUUCUACUGGCUGCUGGUGGAGGGGCUGUACCUGCACACCCUCCUGGUGGCCAUUUUCUCCCCCGGCUGCCGCUUUCCCGCCUACCUCCUGAUCGGGUGGGGCAUCCCCACCGUGUGCACGGGCGCGUGGACAGUGGCCAGGCUCUCUUUAGAAGACACAGGUUGCUGGGAUACCAAUGAGCACAGCGGCCCCUGGUGGGUGAUUCGAGCACCAAUUUUACUUUCCAUUGUAGUGAAUUUUGUCCUGUUCGUCAGCAUUGUGCGGAUUCUGCUGCAGAAACUCAUGUCCCCAGACGUCGGUGGCAGCGAGCAGUCACAGUACAAGAGGCUGACCAAGUCCACCCUGCUGCUCAUCCCUCUGUUUGGCGUCCACUACAUGGUGUUUGCCGUGUUUCCCAUUGGCAUCUCCUCCAAGUACCAGAUCCUGUUUGAGCUGUGUGUGGGGUCCUUCCAGGGCCUGGUGGUGGCGGUGCUCUACUGCUUCCUCAACAGCGAGGUGCAGAACGAGUUGAGAAGAAAGUGGCCGAGCCUGGGCCCGAGCCGGCCCUCCGGCCGGGGUGACCGGCUGCACAGCCUGUCCAUCUCCAGGAACGGCUCGGAGAGCACCCUGCACUUCCCCCGCGGCUCCCGCACACUGUCCUUCCUGCAGACGGAGACCUCGGUCAUCUAGUGCCGGCCAGCCCGGCCCCAGAGUGACGCAGCCACCAUGGAACCCGGCCCCAGAGUGACGUAGCGCAAGUUGGGGAGACUGGGCCUUCGCCAGCCCCGACCCAGGGCCUGGGUUACUGCAGGACAGGCGGGGACUAAACUCUGAUCAUCGUGAAAUUCCUUGUGUAGGUGAUUUUGUCUGUUACAUGUUGCUGUGCACAUGGACCCAUUUUCAAAGAGAAUGGGGGAGACCAGGUGACCCCUGAAAUGAGAUGUGCUGGCCCAGACUCGGGUCCAGCGGCUGUGCAAGGAAGGGUUUCUGAACUCCACGUCUAUUAUCCUCGGCUGGCAGCUGGGCCCCCAGGAGGGAGAGGGUCGCCCCUUCUGCAUGGCUCCCAUCCCUGUCCCCUACCCUGGGUCUCACCAGGGCUGCUGCUUGUCUACGGGACACGGAAGCUGGCAGGGGACGCCCCUGAAAUUGUUCCUGCAGGCUGAGGUGCCCCUCUCCUUCCUCAAAGGCCACAGCAGCAGUGUGUCACCCCUCGAGGGGUCCCGGCCUUCUGGGGGCCCCUCGACUGUGGAAUGGACCUUCAGAGUCACUUCAGGCCCAUCCACCCAACAGCCUCCGGUCACCAGGGCACCCCUGGAAACAGGGUGUUUGAUCUGGUGGGGGCAAACCUAUUCUCUCCUUGAAGAAAACAAUCUUUGGGUGGUUUCUGCUUCAGUGGAGAGUUACUGUGACAAGUAAGAGUGGACUGGGCGCCCCUGCGCAGUGCUGGCCGACGGUGGUCCUGGCCGUGGGCCCUCAGGCUGCCAGCCGUGCAGGCAGGUCUGGGUGUCAGGAGUGCGGGGCGCUGGCAGGCAACUGUUUAUCGGUCAUUACCGGGCGCAGGUACCAGAGCCAGCGUGUCAUUUACAAUGUUGUGGGUGUGUACGCCGUGACCGCGGGCGAGCACGUCAAUAAAUCUGGUUUCGU